AUGGCCACGGUGGGCGUAGAGCCUAGUGUCGCCACGGUUAGAGAUUCUAAUGGAAACGCUGCUACUGAUGUUGAUAGAUUACCUGAGGAGAUGAAUCACAUGAAAAUUCAAGAUGAUAAAGAAAUGGAAGCUACAAUAGUAAACGGCAAUGUCACAGAGACUGGUCAUAUAAUAGUUACUACUAUAGGUGGAAGAAAUGGCCAACCAAAGCAGACAAUCAGUUACAUGGCUGAGAGAGUUGUUGGACAUGGCUCCUUUGGUGUUGUCUUCCAAGCGAAAUGUUUAGAGACAGGAGAAACUGUAGCGAUAAAGAAAGUUUUACAGGACCGUAGGUACAAGAACCGUGAGCUACAAACAAUGAGGCUACUUGACCAUCCUAAUGUAGUGUCUUUAAAACACUGCUUCUUCUCAACAACCGAGAAAGACGAGCUUUACCUCAACUUGGUCCUUGAGUACGUUCCAGAGACAGUACACCGCGUUAUCAAACACUACAACAAACUUAAUCAACGCAUGCCUAUCGUCUACGUCAAACUCUACACCUAUCAGAUAUUUAGGUCCUUAGCCUACAUUCACCGUUGUAUUGGCGUUUGUCAUCGUGACAUAAAACCCCAAAACUUGUUGGUGAAUCCACACACUCAUCAAGUGAAGCUUUGUGAUUUUGGAAGUGCUAAAGUAUUGGUUAGAGGAGAGCCAAACAUUUCAUAUAUUUGCUCAAGGUAUUACAGAGCACCUGAGCUUAUUUUUGGAGCAACUGAGUAUACUACAGCCAUUGAUGUCUGGUCUACAGGAUGUGUUCUCGCCGAGCUUCUUCUUGGACAGCCAUUGUUCCCUGGUGAGAGCGGUGUUGAUCAACUUGUAGAGAUUAUAAAGGUUUUGGGAACACCAACAAGGGAAGAAAUCAAAUGCAUGAACCCCAAUUACACAGAGUUCAAGUUCCCUCAGAUUAAAGCUCAUCCAUGGCAUAAGGUAAGAACCAUCAAGUUCAAAAGUCUUAUUUGACUAGCUGUGAACUGAAACAUUUGAUCAUUGGAAUCCAGAUUUUCCACAAGAGGAUGCCUCCUGAAGCUGUUGAUUUGGUCUCAAGGCUUCUUCAAUACUCUCCUAAUCUACGUUGCUCUGCUGUGAGUAUUUCCAACUUUGUCUCACUUUCCUUCGUUCUGGCAACAUCUCUUGUCUCUUUAUCUUAUGUUCUUGAAAUUUUGUGAUCUUGCUUAUUAGCUGGAUGCAUUGGUCCACCCGUUCUUUGAUGAGCUUAGAGAUCCAAAUGCACGGUUGCCUAAUGGACGUUUCCUUCCACCGCUAUUCAACUUCAAACCUCAUGAGCUUAAAGGUGUGCCUGUGGAGAUGGUGGCUAAGUUAGUACCAGAACAUGCGAGGAAGCAGUGUCCAUGGCUCGGUUUGUGAUUUUUAUCUGAUGUUACCUGUAAACACGAAAACUAGAGAGGGAACAACAGUCUGAGAAAGCCAUAUCUUCUCUAUUUAGUUCUCUGUUUUUGUUACUAUUAUUCAAUCACAGUAUGAUAAUUUUGUAACCCUUUUGUUUGUUAUAAUGAGUAGGGAAAGAGUGAAUUAUUGUGGGGGUUAUGAUCUUGUAAAAGUCAACAAAGAUUUUUUUAAAAAGAGUUUGGUGUUUUCUAUCUCAUUCUCUUCUCAACUCUCUUUAAGGAGAAGUGGUUUAAUUUGUCUCUUGGGCAUAGGUAGGUAUAACAUUGGCAUAUAACUCCUAAAAUUUUGAAAAUAAUUUACAUAUAUUUAUC